GAAUACACGAGUGUAUACUAGAAUGACUUUUAAUGGCCCAUAAACUCACCACACCUUAAGAAGUUGAAUAUUAAUCAUUGAAAAAAUCCCGGAAGUGUACUCGUUAAAAUUCGGUAAAAGUCGGAAGUUUCGUCUUGGCCAUCAUGGCGGACUCUCAGACGACCGAAAUCCUUCGCCACUUCAGCAGUCGGGCUACGACAUCGUCGACAUCGGAGCAGUUAUGCCUCCUGCGGGACUUGGUGCCAUGUGUCGGCAAGCCGGACUUCCCCGAGCAGGCAGUGAAAGGCCUGAUCCGACUCUUCACUCUCUCCAUCCAAAGAUACCGGGACAAGGCUUCCCGGAGAGCUGUAGAAGAUGCCAUUAGGAGUAUGGGGAACAUCCAUCCAGACACCACAACAAAACAGCUAUUGGCCACCUUGGAAGACAUUGGAAAAGACUGGCAAAAUCCAAGACCCAGCCCUGCCCUGUGUGUAGUGUCCCUGACUGGACUGCGCUGGUCAUGCCUCAUCCUCCACACUACCUUCAGUGGUACUGAAAAGUGUACUGGUGCCUUGUGGACUAAACUGGUCAAGAUACAAAGUGCCCUUCUCCAUACCACUGCUGUGUGCAGAAAGGCAUCCAUCAGUUUGGGUGCAUACAAGGUGUUGAAAAGUGCUUGGGUUAAGCUGCCAGGUCUUGCUGCUGCAUGUGGAGAGACUCUGUGCAGCCUGGAGCCCAGCCUGGUCCUGAUGUGUCUGGUGGGGGCUGUGAUGAGAUACUUCACAGAAACAAAGGACAUGGACAAUAUCAACAAGUUUAAGAGCCCCCUUUUGGACCUGUACAUCAAGUCAGUGCUCAGUGGCAAAACAUCGCCUCCUCAGCAUGUCCUGGUGAACUGUGAGAGCUUGUUACGCCAUGCUAACCACAAGGACUUCAAGGAGAAGCUGCUGCCUGCGGUGCAGAAAGCAGUCCUUCGUAAUGCAGAGAUCCUGAUGCCAGCUAUCUGCAGCCUGUUAUCUUCUGUGUCCCUGGACCUGAGCCAGUAUACACAAGACAUCAGUAAGAUUCUGGGAAGUCAACUGCACUCCAAAGAUGAUACCACUUGUGAGGAAACCGGGAGGGCCUUUAAGAUCCUAGCACAACAAUGCAGCGAUCCAGGUGCACUGGAGGAAGCAGCCAAACAUCUCUUUAACGUUCUCAAUGGCUCGGAAGGAAAACUAACAGUUGUGAAACACAGGAUGGGGGUACUCACUGGGUUAGGUAAUCUGAGCUACAACACUGUCAGUGGAUCAGGAACACAAACCCUUUCAAGCAUGGUGGCCGAGCUGUUCAUACCUUACCUGCAGCAGGAAGUACAUGAGGGGACUCUGGUCUACACCCUAUCCAUGCUGUCACUCUGGUGUGACAAGUUCUCCACACAAGUUCCUACUAAACUCAUGGAGUGGUUCAAGAAAGGGGUGACAUUGAAGACGUCCACCACUGCUGUCAGGACUGCUUACCUACAGUGUAUGCUGGCUGCCUUCUCUGGUGACACCCUGCUGCAGGGGCUGGACAUGCUGCCCUUCCUGCUGCAGGCUGCGGAAAAAGCUGCCUUCAACCUCAACCAGGAGGCUGUUGUCACAGAAGGGCUGACAGCAGCUUGUCUUCUCACCAAAAUGUCUGCAGUUGACAUUGAAUCAGAGUCCAGGUUGAGCAUUUUCUGGAAUAACCUGUUAGAUGACAGCAAACAGAUGCUGAUGUCAGAGAAGUACCUGUCCCAGGCUCCAGACGAUGCCUUGGUGAAUGUGUGCUGCCUGUGUGAGACUUUGCUGCUAGACCAUCCCCAGAAACUCAGUCAUUCAAAUACCAGGCACCUGCACAGGGCCCUGGUGAGCCUGUUGACCAGCCCGUCCUGGACAGUGAGAAAGUCUGCUGGACAGAGCACCAAGAAGCUGCUGGCAGAGCUGGGGUCUGACACACUCGCACAUCCCCUGCUGCUGCAGCUCCGAACCAUCCUCACCACUCAGUCGAUUGUCGCUUAUAAGAGGUACUUGGAAGACAGAGAUGGGGAACAAGGGAAGAAGGAUGGAGAUACACCCAGAGUCAUCUCCCCAAAGAUACUAGCUGAAGCCUUGGAGAUAAUCUGCUUGGUCCCUGGUCUGGACAGUGAGAAAUCCAUGGCAGAGAAACUCAUGCUAGAGGCACUGAUGGACACACACCACUCAUGUAUUGUGUAUUACCGUCCCAGCCUGUGGGUUACACUCUGUAGGCAGCUGAAGUUAGAUGUCCUGGACCUAGUGAGGACCCACCAAGACAUCAUCAUUGACAAAGUCACUCAAGCCAGUCCCCGGGACAAGGCAGUACUCAAUGUGGUGAAGACUCUGGUGUUUAUCGCUCCUAAAAUCAUCCUGCCCGCCAUAUUGAACCAUGUGAGGAGUUGUCUUGGAGAUCCCGCCCUUGUUGAGGUGACCACAGAGGAGUACAACAUCAUGCGUUGGCCAGAGGGAGAGCUGUACAAUCAGACUAUACUACAGGAUGCAACUUUACAAGACAGCAGCAAGGGUAACAUCAAAAGGGAGAACAAGGCUUAUUCUUAUGAGGAACAACUGAUUGAAGAGGAGCUCAGAAAGGAACUGGAGAAGAAGGCAACCAAGGGUGCUAAAGCUAAGCCUCAACUAACCAAGAAACAAGAGGAAGCUCUAGCAGCAGAACUUGGGAGAGAGUCGGCCAUCAGAACCAAGCUGCUCCAGCUGGAUGAUGUCCUGGUCAAGGCUUCGUCUCUACUACAAGCUUCCAUUGAGGGGAGCCCGUCAGCUCUGCGGGCCCACAUCAACACAGUCUCCAAACUCCUGCAGCCUCUCCUGCAGUCACCACUGGCAGCUCCUCGAGUCAUGCCUGUCCUGGUCAGCCUGAGAACAGCUGUGUUUGAUAAGGACACAGAAUAUUUAGGAACUUUGAUAGCAUAUACAACGCUAAGACUAUCUGAGCCUGCUGCCAUUGUGGACCCAGCUUGGUGUCAAGAAGAGCUUGUUCACAUGGCUGCCCGAGCUGUUCAACUUCUUCACCUUCAGACUGUUCCAUCUGAAAAUAAAAGCAGACUUUUGAUUGGUCCCCUGUCUGCGCCGAGAUUUGCAUACUUCUUCCCUUUGCUGAAAUAUGUUCUACAAAAUGGAGGGUCCAAAAUCAAAGGUGACCUGGAGGUCAUGGGAAAGGCUAUUGAAGUCAUCGAGGAGCACACAAGGUUGAGAGGAGCAGAGGAGGAUGAGAGUGGCCCGGCUUUACUGCCUCGUGAAGAAAUGUUGCAACUCCUGUGCAAUGUCAUCGGAACCUCCGGGCUGGAAAUGCAGAAUAUUGCCAAGACUGUUGUGGCUGCAACAUGCCUGUGUGCCAAUGGUGAUGUGGGCUGUACCACCUGUACCAUGGGGGAGAUUAACAUUCUCCUGGAAGCCUUACAGGCCCCUGCAGCACCAGUGAGAGAAGCUGCCUUGGAGGGCCUGUCCACACUAGUCCCUGUCCUGCCCAGAAUGGACACAGAUGCUGAUGCUACACUGAAGGUUGUACAGCGGGUCUGGGUGGCUAGGUAUGACCCCCAGGAGAAAAACCAGGAGAUUGCUACAAAGCUGUGGGAGAGAGCUGACUGUGAGAUGGACCCCCUGUUGUGUACCCUGAUGUUGGAGGACAUUGUUCACCAUGUGGAUGUCACCAGGACAUCUGCUGCAGCUGCCCUGUCAGGUGCCCUGCAGCUGCACCCAGACAUCACACCUGCUGUCAUGUAUCAACUGUUGGACCAGUAUCAGGACAAACUGGAGCUCCCCCCACCUGUCAAGGACAGUUUUGGUCGAAUUAUCUCGGACGAGGCUGUAGACAAGUAUGAGGCUCGCUGUGGCAUUGCUUUAGCUUUAGGCCAGAUAUCCAAACAUCUGGGGAAGGACAAGGUUGCACCAUUAUUUUCCUUCUUUGUCCCUGAUGGUCUGAAUGACAGACACGUCAACGUCAGGAAGAUGAUGUUGGAGGCUGCGCAAAUGGCACUGGAAGAUCACGGGAAGGACUGUGUGUCAGAGCUGCUCCCUGUAUUUGAGAAAUUUCUGGCUGAUGCUCCCAAGACUCGAGAGUAUGAUGCUGUGCGACAAAGCGUGGUGAUUUUGAUGGGAUCGCUUGCCAAGCACUUAAACAAGGAUGACCCAAAAAUAAAACCCAUAGUUGCCAAGUUAACUGAGACCCUAUCAACGCCUUCUCAACAGGUGCAAGAAGCAGUUGCCAACUGUCUGCCCCCAUUGGUUCCAGCCAUCAAGUCUGAAGCUCCAGACAUGGCCAAGAAACUGCUCCGACUGCUACUGGAGUCUGAAAACUUUGCUGAGAGAAAAGGUGCAGCCUACGGUUUGGCAGGACUGAUCAAGGGUUUGGGGAUCUUGUCUCUGAAACAGUUGGAUGUGAUGACAACUCUGCAGGAUGCCAUACAGAACAAGAAAAACUUCCGACACAGGGAAGGUGCACUAUUUGCAUUUGAGAUGCUGUGCACCAUGCUGGGUCGGCUGUUUGAGCCGUAUGUGGUGCACCUGCUGCCACACCUGCUGCUGUGCUUUGGAGAUGGAAACCAGUAUGUGAGAGAGGCUGCAGAUGAUACAGCCAAGGCCGUCAUGUCCAAACUGAGUGCCCAUGGUGUGAAGCUGGUCCUCCCUUCCCUGCUGGCUGCCCUGGAGGAAGACUCCUGGAGAACUAAGUCUGGUUCUGUGGAGCUGCUGGGGGCCAUGGCGUAUUGUGCACCCAAACAGCUGUCCUCCUGUCUCCCCACCAUUGUGCCCAAACUGAUCGACGUCCUGACAGACUCCCACACAAGGGUACAGAAUGCAGGAGCACAGGCACUGAAGCAGAUUGGGUCUGUCAUCAGGAACCCUGAAAUUCAAGCUAUUGUACCUGUACUUCUGGAAGCAAUCAGUGACCCAUCCCACAAGACAGCCAUGUCCCUACAGGUCCUGCUGGAGACCAAGUUUGUACACUUUGUGGAUGCUCCUUCCCUGGCCCUGAUCAUGCCAGUAGUGCACAGGGCGUUUGAGAACAGAUCAACUGAAACCAGGAAGAUGGCAUGUCAGAUCAUCGGGAACAUGUAUUCACUGACAGAUCAGAAGGACUUGGCACCAUAUUUACCAUCUGUCACACCUGGCAUGAAGCAAGCAUUACUGGACCCUGUCCCUGAGGUGAGAAAUGUUUCUGCCAGGGCCCUGGGUGCUAUGGUGAAAGGAAUGGGAGAGGCCAGUUUUGAUGAUCUGCUGCCUUGGCUGAUGGAAACACUGACAUCAGAACAGAGCUCUGUGGACAGGUCAGGAGCAGCACAAGGUUUAAGUGAGGUGAUGGCAGGUCUGGGCACUGCCAAGCUGGAGGAGCUCAUGCCAGACUUCUGCAAGAUGGCGGACAACGAGGAAGUAGCGCCACACAUCCGGGAUGGCUACAUCAUGAUGUUCAUCUACCUCCCGACCACCUUCAGGGAAGACUUCACGCCAUACGUGGGACCGAUCAUUCCUCCCAUUCUGAAAGCACUUGCAGAUGAGUGUGAAUAUCUGAGAGACACUGCCCUGAGAGCAGGGCAAAGGAUUGUGCAGAUGUAUGCAGAACGAGCCAUUGCUCUCCUACUGCCCGAGCUGGAGGGGGGCUUAUUUGACGACAACUGGAGGAUCCGCUACAGCUCCGUUCAGCUGCUGGGAGAUCUGUUGUACCACCUUUCAGGUGUUAGUGGUAAGAUGACCACAGAGACCGCCAGUGAAGAUGACAGCUUUGGAACAGCCAGAUCACAGGAGGCCAUCCUGCGCACCCUGGGUGUGGAGAGGAGGAACCGUGUUCUUGCUGGCCUGUACAUGGGGCGUUCAGACGUGUCCCUCAUGGUGAGGCAGGCAUCCCUCCAUAUCUGGAAGAUCAUUGUGCAGAACACCCCACGCACGCUGAAGGACAUCUUGGACACCCUGUUUGAACUGCUCCUGGGCUGCCUGGCUUCAACAAGCUAUGACAAAAGACAGGUUGCAGCGAGGACUUUAGGAGACCUGGUUCGUAAGCUGGGGGAGCGAGUACUGCAGGAUGUGGUACCCAUUCUGGAGCGGGGGCUACAGUCAGACAAGAGUGACCAGAGACAAGGAGUUUGUAUUGGGCUGAGUGAGAUCAUCAAGUCCACCAGUAAAGACAUGGUGAUUGUGUUUGUGGACAGCCUGGUUCCCACCAUCAGGAAGGGUCUGUGUGACCCCCUCCCAGAGGUCAGAGAGGCUGCAUCAAAGACAUUUGACAGUCUGCACUCCACAGUAGGAGCCAGGACUUUGGACGACAUUCUACCUUUCCUCCUGAAGCAGCUGGAUGAUCCUGACACUUCUGAGUUUGCCCUGGAUGGUCUGAAACAGGUGAUGGCUGUGAAGAGCAGGGUAGUCCUUCCUUACCUGGUGCCACAGCUAACAUCCUCCCCAGUCAACACCAAGGCACUGGCCUUCCUGUCAUCUGUGGCUGGAGAAUCUCUCACCAAGCACCUCAGCCGGAUCCUCCCUGCCCUGCUCAGUGCACUCAGUCAGAAGAGAGGAACUGAUGAAGAAAAGGAGGAGCUGGAACACUGCCAGACACUUGUCCUGUCUGUAGACUAUGACCUGGGGGUAGGAGUGGUGAUUGAGGAACUUCUGAGUGCCACCAAGAGUAGAGAGCCGUGCAUGCGGCUGGCUGCAGUCACCAUCCUCAACUUUUACUGCAGUCAGAUCAAGGCAGAUUACACUGAGUAUGUGCCCCAGCUGCUGAGGGGGCUGAUCGAGCUCUUCAAUGAUGAGGACCAGGAUGUUUUAGUUCAGAGCUGGGAGGCCCUUAAUGCUGUUGUGAAGAGACUGGAUGCCGCAGCCCUUCAGCAGCACCUCCCCACGGUGAGACAAGCUGUCCGCUACUCUGUACAGGACUGCAAAGAACAGGAGCUGCCUGGAUUCUGUCUGCCCAAAAAGGGCAUUACUCCCAUCCUGCCAGUGUUCAGGGAGGGGAUACUGAACGGUUCACCAGAGCUGAAGGAGCAGGCGGCACUUGGACUAGGAGAAAUCAUCAAAAGAACCAGUGCUGAAGCCUUGAAACCCUCCGUGGUCAACAUCACAGGACCCCUGAUCCGUAUCCUCGGGGACAGAUUUAGUUGGAAUGUCAAAGCAGCAGUACUGGACACACUGGGGCUUCUGCUGGGGAAGGUUGGCAUGAUGCUGAAGCCUUUCCUGCCCCAGCUUCAAACCACCUUCUUGAAGGCGCUGAAUGACAACAACAGGGCUGUCCGGCUGAAGGCAGCCCAUGCGCUGGAGAAGCUUGUGGUCAUCCACACCAGGGUGGACCCACUCUUCACAGAGCUGCACACACAGGUGAAAAAUGCUGACGACAACUCGAUCCGUGAGACCAGCCUGCAGGCCCUGCGGGGCGUGGUGACAGGUGCAGGCAGGAAGGCUGGAGAUGCCAUCAGGAAACAGCUGACGGCUACACUGCUGGGCAUGCUGGGAUUCCCAGAGGUAAAGCCUGCUACUCUGGGCCUUUUGAGGGUGCCACACGAGUGGAAAGAGGCAGUGGUGGUACCGCUCCCGAAGACUAGUCCACCAGACAUCAACCACCUACGACCCGUUUCGCUGACCUCCCUCAUCUCAAAAGUAUGUGAGGACUUCGUGGCAACUUGGAUGCUGCAGGACAUGAAGAACAGUAUUUCUCCAAACCAGUUUGGGGGGCUCAAGGGGCGAUCAACAACGCAUUGUCUUCUCACUUUGGCUAAUCAACUCUAUGAGGCAGCAGACAAACGAGGAACUUCCAGCACUUGGGUAUUGACGGAUUUUAGCAAAGCCUUCGAUCUAGUGGAUCAUACAGUAGCAAUGAAGCACCUGAUCAACCUGGGAGUCAGGCCAGAAAUUAUCCCCUGGAUUGUCAGUUUCCACUCACAACGCUCGCAGAGAACCAGAUACCAUGGUGCGCUUUCCCAGAAGAAGGAACUCACGUGCGGGCUCGCUCAAGGCACCAAGCUGGGCCCGAUAGUGUUUAUAGCUCACGUCAACAAUCUAACAAACAGCAUGAACUCACCGUCGAGGGCCUUUGUUGACGAUUUGAACCUCAUCGAAUCAAGGCGCAAAUCCGAACCAUCUAAGCUGCAGAACGACCUGGAUAACCUGUCAAGCUGGACCGAGGAAAACAAGAUGAAACUUAACCCCUCUAAGUGCAAGGCUGUGCACAUCUGCUUUGCCCGCAACCCUCCACCACCACCCCCUCUUUCCAUCAAUGGACAUGUGCUGGAGGUAGUGCCCAUUGCAAAAUGCUUGGGAGUCAUAUUUCAAGCAAACCUAGGUUGGGAAAGUCAAGUUACAGAAAUGACCAAGAAGGGGAACCAACGGUUAUACUUGCUGUGCAGACUUCGACAAUUCAACCUACCAGUGGAGGACUUGCUGACCGUCUACAAGUGCUUUGUUCGCCCAGUUUUAGAGUAUGCCGCCCCUGUGUGGCAUGGAGGUCUGACAAACGGACAACGGAAGAAAAUUGAGAACAUACAGAGGCGUGCAACCAGGAUUAUACUGGGAAGUAGCUACCACAGUUACUCACUGUCAUGUCAAGUAUUAAACCUGGAGAAACUCAAUGAUAGACGGGAUGCCCUUUGUCUGAAGUUCGCGAAGAGCCUGUACGCCUCAGACGAGUACCGACACUGGCUCCCCAAGCGUAGAGGAGACGUCAGCGGCAGGUUGGCAGACCAUGAUCCAUCAGCUGAUUGGAUGCUGAGACAAGGUCGUAGCGUGGCGCUUGCUGUGGCCUUGAAGGAGGCGGCGAGCAGGCUGAUGGACGAACAGUUUGGGGACAAGGUGACAGGCAUCGUCAUCGCCAGCUGUGCAGCAGACAGGAUCCCCAUCUGUAGCAGUGGAGUCCGUGCUCUGGGCUUUCUCUUGACUCACGUUGUGUCCAACACUGCUGACAUCCCCAAACCUCUACUUACCACAGCUGUCAAGGCUCUUAACCAUUCAUCUAAUGAUAUCAAAAUGGUGGCAGCCCAGGGGGUGAACCAUGUGGUGAACAAGUCAAGCAAUCCUCUUCCACUCAGUGUGUGCCGUGUCCUGGUUCCUGCUUUGGUUAGUAACACUAAGGAGAAGAACACAGCUGUCCAGGCCAGUAGUGAACUGGCUCUGGUGUCACUGCUGCAGCUCAGGAAGGGAGAGGAUGGUCUACAGGCUUGCCUAAAAACUCUGGAUCCUGGAGCAGCAGAAAGCCUGAAUGAGUGCCAUAAAAGAGCUCUGAAAAAAGUGGCUUCUCAACUAGAACCUAAGGAGGAAGACCUUGAUGACACCAUCAUUAUGGCAUAGUAGUUCUUUGUUCCAUUUUUGCUUUUCAAUCUCUUGAAAGAUGUGAUGAUUACCAAAAUGCUCUAUAACUAAGAAACCUCUAGAUUUUUGUAAAAUUAGUGUACAAUGUAAGCUUGUAGUGCUUCUUCUGUCAUUGUCCACUUGUACUGAAGACAAAGUGUAGGUUCCUGAUGUACAUGUAACAGUGACCAGGACUGUACACAGGUUGGACAAGUUGCUACAUUAUGAUGUACAAAAACUACUGGCUCUGGAUGUCUAUAGUCGUAUUGGCAGCAGGAAUAAGUCGUACCGGUAUUUCCCCUUUCCAAUGGCACCAAUGAUAAACAGAACCAGUCAUGUAUUGUGACACAAUCCAGGCCAGUGGUCUUCUGUACAGCAGAAAUUUAGGCCACACCAAUUCAAUUAGUUAGUUCUCUUUUUUUGUGACAAAGAUUAAGCAACAGGGGAAAAAAUAAAAGAAAGUGUAAAAAAAUUCUAAUGUAAAGAUAAGGGCUAAAACUAAACAUAAAGAAUAGUAAGUUUUCAGCUU